GGGCCGCCUCCGCCACCGCCCGGCACCGGCACUGCCCGGCACCGGCACCGGCACAGCCCCGGCACCGCCACCCGUGCCGGCACCGGCGCUGACACCGACCCGCUGCGCCGCGCCCGCCACCUCCACCCGCCGGCAGCAUGGCUGAGGAAGAGUCUGACAAACCAUAUCUAGAAGAAAGUGCCUUUGAAGCACUUGAAAAGGACUCCCAAGAAUUCAUCAGUAUCCUGAGUAGAGAUGAAGCUCUGGAAAAAUUCCGUGUCGAAUAUGAGAAGCUUCUUGCUAUUAUGAAGAAGUCUCGUGAAAAUGAAAAGCAUCUCAUGGAGAAAUGCAGGAAGCUGAGUGCUGAGCUUGUGGAGAAGUCAUCCAAAGUAGCUGUGCUCACCAAACUCACUCAUGAUGAUGGGGAAACUAUAUCAUCGUUGAAGUCGGAGCUUGAAAAGGCCUGGAAAAUGGUGGAUAAAGUCUAUGAAAGGGAACAGAAAACGAAGGAAACAAUUGAUUCACUGCAAAAGGAAAUUUCACGCCUAAAUAAUUUAAUGAAGGAAAGAGCUGGACAGGAUUACAAGUAAGUUUUCCUCAGGGAGAGGGAAAGCCUGAUCUGAUUUUCUAUCAUUCUGUACCUCGUUUAGCCAUGUAGACACAGUGGAAAACAUAGAUCUUUUCUGUUUUUUACUUUUCUCAUGAAUACACAUUUAUUUGUGUGUUUAUGCAGUGAGCAAGUACAGAAUCAGGCUCUGACUGAGUUCAUUCAGUAUUGGAUUAAGCUGAAAGAUCAAAUAAAAUGAAUACUAUGCACUUUC